GUUUGAUGGUUACCAUGGCAACGAAGAUAGCUAAAACGCUGCACGUUGGUUGCGCUUCUGGCAACCGUACGAGAAUAAUGACACAAGUUCAAAUGACGUCAGGUUUGUAGAGAGUUUGAAAAGAAAGUAGUGGAGCUCUGUAAUUCUUCUGACGUCAAAUAACAUGGUCCACAACGACUUACGAGUGGAGUGGAUCCGACGAGGGGUGUCCGCGGGCUUCAACUUGUCCGGCGGUCCCAACUGUUUCGAUGAGCUACUUAGUAGAAGAGAUGGUGAAGAAGAGGAAAAAAUCCUCCGUUUUUUGAAUUUUGUCUCCGAAGAUGACUCACCGUCAUGCCUUUUGUUUUUCAAAACGUUUAGAGAAGAACAAAUUGAAGUUGAAAUUCCAGAAGUGAAAAAUGAAGAAGCCUCUCGGCCGCAAAGUGGAACAGAUAUGACCACAUACACACAGAAGAAGAUGGAGCAAAGUCCCAGCUAUAGUACAGAGUUUCAAGUGGUCUAUCACAUGGAGCUUCAUGUAGCAGUGAACGAGUACCCGGAGAAAUAUUUGAAUUCUUGCGUCUUCUACUUUCUGAGGAGCACAAGGGAUACUAUAAGUGAACCGCUCGACAUAAACGAGGCCUAUGUCCUGAUGCCUAGGCUGUUUGACUUUGGCAUACACAGUGGAGACCCCCUUAGUGUGCUGCAGAACAAGCUUGCCAAUGUGUAUAUACCCCUGCUUACUGCCCACCAAAUGAAGGAAACUGGUGGCGGUUAUCAAAGUGAGGCUGAAGGGCCAACGAGUGGCAAAAAUGAAAGAAAAAGUUCAGCAAAGUCAAGGGAGAAAGCAGGGGGCGGGAAGAGGGGCCGCAACAGGACGGACAAAGUGGGGGACAUCUGA